AUGUUUCUCACCGGCCUGCUCUGCCUGGCGGCUCAAGCACAGGCCUUGCGCACAUCGCUGCCUAUCCGCGAAUUGCGCAAACAGAUCCGCUCUCUGCCUGACGCUGUCCAGCUCGAGCGCCGUGAUGCGUCGGCUCUGUAUCCCGCCUACAACAUUUCCGUCCCAAUUGACCACUUCCACAACGAGUCGUUGUACGAGCCACACACCAACGGCACCUUCCCGCUCCGUUACUGGUUCGACGCCACGUACUACCAACCCGGCGGACCAGUCAUUGUGCUUGCAAGCGGCGAAACGAGCGGUGAGGACCGUUUUCCCUAUCUGCAAAAGGGCAUUGUCGCCCAACUAGCCAACGCCACGGGUGGGCUCGGCGUCAUCCUGGAGCACCGUUACUACGGUGAAAGCUGGCCCGUGUCGGAUCUGACGACCGAAAGCCUGCGCUUCUUAACCACCGACCAGGCUUUAAAGGAUACGCAGUACUUUGCAGAGCACGUCGUGUUCGAAGGCUUGGAGGACUAUGACCUGAGCCCUUCCAGCACCCCCUGGAUCGCCUACGGCGGCUCUUACGCUGGCGCUUUCGUGGCCUUCCUCCGCAAGCUCUAUCCCCAGACCUUCUGGGGUGCCAUUUCUUCAUCGGGCGUCACUGAGGCCAUCUAUGACUACUGGCAGUACUAUGAAGCCCAGAGGCUGUACGGGCCUCCUGACUGCAUCAGCACCCUGCAGAAGCUGACGCACGUUGUUGACAACAUCCUGAUCGGCCAAGCCGACGCCGGGUACAAGACGCAGCUCAAGGAAGCCUUUGGCCUCGGCAAUCUUACCUAUGAUGAUGAUUUCGCCAAUGUCUUGAGCUACGGCAUUGCUGGGUGGCAGAGCCUCAACUGGGACCCCGCCGCGUCGGAUCCUUCGGUAUUUGAGUACUGCAGCAACCUUACCUCGGACUCGCUACUGUACCCCGACACGGCUGCGCUGCGGCCGGAAGUCGAGGAGUUGAUCCGCGUCGGCGGCUACGCCAAUGAAGUGUCGAGCCUCAGUAGCAGAAUGCUCAACUACAUCGGCUACGUCAAUCUGACCGAGGUUUCGCAGUGUCGGCAAACGCAAGAUGAGUGCUUUACGAACCACAACGCCACUUUCUAUGCUCAGGAUGACAUUUCGCAAACAUGGCGCGCUUGGCCGUACCAGUACUGCACGCAGUGGGGUUAUCUCCAAACAGGGAGCGGAGUGCCAAGCACACAACUACCUCUGAUCUCGCGUUUGAUUGACAUUGACUACAACAUGAUGAUCUGCCGAGACGCGUUCAACAUCACGACGGCGGCCGACGUCGAGGCGAUCAACAAGUACGGCGGAUACGGUAUCAGCUACCCACGGCUCGCCAUCGUCGACGGAGAGGCGGACCCUUGGCGAGCGGCAACUCCGCACGCGUUUGCCGCGCCGAACCGGACGUCGACAGUCAGUGAGCCGUUCAUCCUCAUCGCGGGCAAAGCGGUGCACCACUGGGACGAGAACGGACUUUUCCCAAACGAGACGACAGCGGACUUGCCGCCGGCGCCGGUGGCCGAGGCGCAGGCCAGCGAGGCACGUUUCGUGAAGGCAUGGGUUGCCGAGUUUGGGCAGCGGGUUCAAGGCAUGUUCCAAGCGGGCCCCGUGGCUGGCGCGAGCUGA